AUGAACUCGGGGCAGCCGCCAGAGCAGCGUGCAAUUUUGGGAAACAUGCAGUCGAAUAUCGGGGUUGUGCACUCUGGAAUAUCUUCCAACAGUGUUCUCUAUCUCGAGCCCAACAAGGCAGUGCUAAAUUGCGUGCGGUGGGGCACAACACGCACGCAACAGCAAAAUGGGUUUGUGACCAACAUGCUGCGGGGUUUCUGGUACGAACAAUUGACUGUUUCGAGAUUUGUAUCGCGGUCGAAUGCUCAGAUGUCUGGCCCUCAACGGAGGUGCACGUUUCUUUUCAACACGGCGUGGAGCGACAGAGCCUUUCUCGAGUGUGCUGUGCGUAAUCAGACGGUGGACAAACGCCAUGGUGGCUUGCAUCCAGCGGGGAACAGGGCUGAACCUGUCGACCACAAUAUGAUUGGCUGCUCGCAGGGUGUGGUUGCGAUUUCUGGUUGGGCCGAGACUGAGAGGGUCGAACGAGGCUGUGCCGGAUUCAGAAGGACAAUGCUGCGUGGAGAAGCACAAAACGUGUGCAUCAUGCUGGUUUGA